UUGUCCACCAUGUCUCUCUCCUUCUUUCUGCAGCCAAUAACAUCUGCUUCUACGGAGAAUGCUCCUACUACUGUUCAACAGAGCACGCCCUUUGUGGCAAACCAGACCAGAUUGAAGGCUCCAUGGCUGCCUUUUUGCCCGAUUUGUCUUUAGCCAAACGGAAAACCUGGAGAAACCCAUGGCGACGUUCCUACCAUAAACGCAAGAAAGCCGAGUGGGAAGUUGACCCCGAAUAUUGUGAAGAGGUUAAGCAAACGCCACCUUACGAUCGGGGAACCAGGAUCUUGGAUAUAAUGGACAUGACCAUAUUUGAUUUUCUGAUGGGUAAUAUGGAUCGACACCAUUACGAGACCUUUGAGAAGUUUGGAAAUAAUACUUUUAUUAUCCACUUAGACAAUGGAAGAGGGUUUGGGAAAUAUUCUCACGACGAACUGUCUAUCUUGGUGCCUUUAAAUCAGUGUUGCCG